AUGGUUCGUAAUUCUGGUUCUGUGAAGCAUAUGAACGCUCUCAUGUUUGCCAAUCAGUCCGUCCAGAGUCUGCCUUCUUAUUUCCUUGAUGCCAGUGUACGAAGAGAUUGGGAACUGGCUUAUAUCCCUUCCAACAGUGACAUAGUGAAAGAGCUUAUUAAAAUGGUACAACAGACUUUAUUAAAUACUUUUACAAUCCGUGGCUUUACUUCAGAGGAAGCUUUUGAAGAAUACAUUAAACAUAAUCGUAACUCUGAUCGGGUAAUGGCUGCUGUUGUUUUUAACCAUGACUUUGUAAGAAGCAAGGACUUGCCACUUCAGAUUGUAAAACUGCCAGUCAUCCGCUACAGUGACCCAACAUUGGUGUUUUCUUUUCUGUUGCUUUAUGGCAUCACCACUAUCCUCUUUGCCUUCAUGCUUACCACGUUCUUCAGUAAAGAGGUCGGAGUUCAAUGGCGAAACCUCAAAAAGCCAUUCGGCCUUACAGAUAAUUUUGCUUUUGGCCAUGUGAUGGUGAUGUUGUUGGUUGAUGCUUUUUUAUAUGCUGUAGUAAUCUGGUAUAUGGAAGCUGUUUUUCCAGGAGAGUACGGUGUGCCUCACCCUUGGUACUUUUUUGGCAAGAUAUUUGAGGUGGGGAAUACUUUCAAAGAAGCAGUGAGAGACUUGACUCUGAACUUGUAUGAGGGGCAAAUCACCGCUCUUCUAGGACAUAAUGGAGCAGGAAAGACCACUGUCUUGUCUCUGCUGUCAGGUCUCUUUCCCCCGACACGUGGAAAAGCAUAUAUUUGUGGAUUUGAUAUCUCAAAAGACAUGUUUCAUAUCCGGAAGAACCUGGGUUUGUGUCCCCAAAAUGACCUUUUGUUUGAUUAUUUAACAGUAUCUGAACACCUUUACUUCUUUGCUAGGCUGAAAGGAUUGCCUCGGGAAAUGUGUCAAAGUGAAAUUAAUAAUAUCUUGAAUGUGUUUAAAUUGCAAGAUAAACGACAUUCAUUUUCUAACUCACUGAGUGGAGGAAUGAAGCGCAAGCUUUCUGUCAGUAUUGCACUUGUAGGGAAUUCUAAGGUGGUGAUGCUAGAUGAUCCAACCUCUGGCAUGGACCUUAUCUCAAGGAGAGCCACCUGGGAUCUCCUUCAGCAGCAAAAACGUGGCCGCACCAUCCUACUCACCACUCAUUCUAUGGAUGAAGCAGAUCUUCUGGGUGAUCGCAUCGCCAUCGUGGCCAAGGGGAACUUGCAGUGCUGUGGCUCGUCACUGUUCCUCAAACAAAAAUAUGGUGCAGGAUACCAUAUGGUUAUGACGAAAGAACCUCAGUGUAAAGCAACAGAAGUCGCCAGCCUUAUAUAUAAUUAUGUACCAAAUGCCAUUUUGGAGAGCAAUAUUGGAGCUGAGUUAUCAUUUAUCCUACCCAAAGAGAGUGCAAAUAGGUUUGAAGAUUUAUUUACAGAACUGGAAGAUCAUCAAGUGAGCCUGGGCAUUGCCAGCUAUGGUGCCUCUGUCACCACCAUGGAAGAAGUCUUCCAUAGGGUCAACAAAUUGACGGACUCCGCCACGGAUCUCCAGGCCACUCAUCUCACCUCCGAGCAUGAUCAUAAAGGAAUUCAAUCAUGCCUUGCAACUCUGGAUGAUAAGCCAAAGGGUGACUUCCUGAUGCCCGAGGAUCUACCUAACAUCCGAUUUAAUACUGGGGUUAUUCUUUGCAUCCAGCAGUUCUAUGCCUUGCUGACGAAAAGGGCUUUGUACACUUUUCGUCACUGGAAGAUAAUGUCCUUGCAGAUUUUGAUACUACUGCUUUUCACCACCUUCCUCCUGAAAGCCGUAUCCUACUAUUCAGAAGUAGUCUUCUAUAUCUGUAAUGUGAAAGCAUUCUUUGAAGACAACCACUAUGCAGAUGCCUUGCUGAUCUUAAUGCUGUUCGGCUGGUCCACCAUUCCCUUCAUAUACUUGAUGAGCUUCUUGUUUUCCAGUAGUGCUGCUGCCUACACCGGACUAUUGGCAUUCAACUUCCUCACAGGCAUUUCCAGCUUUCUGUUGGUCUACAUGAUCGACACGAAUAACAUUACAUAUGAAGAGAACUAUUAUGGAUUCGAAGGUCAUGGGAUUGGAAAAUAUGUGACCGCCAUGAUUGUCACAGGCUUCCUUUUUCUCAUCCUGCUUUUCAUUAUUGAGAUCAACCUCUUGACAUUUAGAUCUCUUUACUCUAAUCUUCUGUAUUGUCACUUCCUCAAAAAACGAAAGAUGGUACAGGUCAGUGACAGGUCAUCUUUAGUGCCUGAUGACUACGAUGUGAUGGAUGAACAAGACAAAGUCCUGGAGUGUCCCCCAGGAAACCUGUCAUCCUUGAACAGUCCUCUGAUCCUUAAAGAGCUCUUAAAGAUAUAUUUUCAAUGGGUGCCUGUUGUGGCGGUAAAUAGGCUCACCUUGGCAGUUCAUAAAGGAGAGUGCUUUGGGCUGCUAGGCUUCAGUGGAGCUGGGAAGAGCAGCAUCUUCAAAAUGUUGACUGGAGAUGAGACCAUCACUUCUGGGGAGGUCAUAUUUGAUGACAAAAAUAUCAGCAAAAACAUACAAAAGAUUCGUCAACGAAUCAGCUACUGCCCCCAAUAUGACCCUUUGCUGGAACACUUGACAGGAUAUGAGAUGCUGGCCCUGCAUGCCCGUCUUUGGGGAGUUUCCGAGCACUAUAUUCCUGAUUAUGUUAAAAACAUGCUAAGUGCACUCUUCCUGGGUGCCUUUGGAGAUAAACUCAUCAAGAACUUCAGUAGUGGCGCCAAACGUAAGCUAAGCACCGGUAUUGCUCUGCUGGGAAAGCCUGACGUCAUCUUCCUGGAUAAGCCAUCCUCCAGCAUGGAUCCUGUGGCCCGACGCCUCCUCUGGGACACAGUCUCACGGAUUCGUGAGUCCAGCAAGGCCAUUGUCAUAAUCUCCCAUAGUAUGGAAGAAUGUGAGGCUCUGUGUACAAGACUGGCUGUUAUGGAAAAUGGGAAGUUCAAGUGCCUAGGCAGUCCACAGUAUCUCAAGAACAAGUUUGGGAGUGGAUACACCCUGCUGGCCAAAAUAAAGAGGAAUAAGUCGCUGGUGGAACUGCAAGCACUAAAGACGUUCAUCAAAACAAUCUUUCCAGACAGUUCCCUACAACAUGAAUACCAAAGGAUGAUCCAUUACCACAUACCCAGAAAGGACCUUACCUGGGGACAGGUAUUUGGUAUCUUGGAGUCAAUCAAAGAUGAAUAUGGACUAGAAGAUUAUUCCAUUAGUCAUAACACACUGGAGCAAGUCUUUCUGAGCUUUGCCCAAACACAGAUCCAAAAACAACAAAAUUUUAAAGAUAAUUGAAGA